AUGGCUUCAAUACCAGUUAACCCCAAACCAUUCUUGAACAAUCUGACCGGAAAGUCUGUGCUUGUGAAGCUUAAAUGGGGAAUGGAAUACAAAGGUUUCCUUGUCACUGUGGAUUCCUAUAUGAACUUGCAGCUUGCCAAUACUGAAGAGUUUAUCGAUGGACAAUUCACUGGAAAUCUCGGAGAGAUUUUGAUCAGAUGCAACAAUGUUCUCUAUCUUCGCGGGGUGCCGGAGGACGAAGGAAUUGUUGAUGCUCAUCAGCAACAGGAUUGA